AUGACAAGUAGUAUUGUAGCUGUUGUCGUUCUUUGCUUUGUUGGGUCGUCUUUGAGCGACGGUGGCUACAAACCUCCGCCUGUUUAUCCACCUAAGUGUCCUACCGUUCCUUCUCCUUCAUACGGGUACGUCAAGAUUAUCAAAGACAGAUGUCGGGUAGCUUGUAACUGUCCGAAGCUCCGAUCACCGCCAUACGGUUCGGUAUCGAUCAGCAAUUACGGGUGCAAGGCUACUUACAAAUGCAAUCAGUAUUACAAGUUGACCGGCAGCUAUGUCCGCACGUGUUCAUAUAGAACUUGGAAACCAGCUGAGCCCAAGUGCGUACGAGUGUGCCCAUGGCUUCCACAUCCUCAAUACGGAUGGGUGAAAGUUAUCGGUACAACAGCAAAAUACGGGUGCAAUAAGCAAUACAAACUGGUCGGAUCGAGCAGUCGUAAUUGCUAUCGCGGAAGGUGGGGUGGACAAGCUCCAAAAUGCGUUCGCGAAUGCCCCAACCUCCCUAAGCCGGCCUACGGAUGGGUGAACAUCGACGACGACAAGGCUACCUAUGGAUGCAACAAAGGAUACAAACUGAUCGGUAGCAAGAUCAGAUACUGCAGAUACGGAAGAUGGUACGGAUUGGCUCCUAAAUGUGUUCCAGACUGUCCCAAGCUUUCCAACCCGACCUACGGAUGGGUGAAGAUAGUCGGUAACAAAGCGCAGUAUGGAUGCAGAUAUGGUUACAACUUGGUGGGAUCCACAUAUCGAUACUGUCAUUAUGGAAAGUGGGCCGGUGUAGCCCCCAAAUGCGUUCGAAGGUGUCCCCGUUUGUACAACCCGCCCUACGGAUCGGUCUCCGUGUUCGGUUCCAAAGCAUCCUACAGCUGCCGCUAUGGAUACAAACUGAUCGGACUCAAAUACCGUUACUGCAAGAACGGUGUGUGGGGCGGUGCCGCUCCCAAGUGCAUCAAAUAUUGUCCUGCUCCGAUCAAACCCGCUUAUGGAUGGGUUCGCGUGGUUGGAAACAAAGCCAGCUAUGGUUGCAACCGCGGAUACAACCUCGUGGGCAGUGCAACUCGAUACUGCUACUCCGGGAUUUGGAAACCAGCAGCACCACGCUGCAUCAAACAUCUGGUUUGCCCUUACUUGCCACAUCCUCCUUAUGGUAAAGUCAAGAUCGUAGGCAACAAGGCGACCUACUACUGUAAUGAUGGUUACUACUUGAGCGGCAGUAGUUAUUGCUAUUGCAGCUACGGUCGCUGGAACUGCAAGCGUCCCACAUGUUCUCCUCACAAACACACUGACGUCUACUAAUAGACGACUCGAAGUGUGGCGGUGUGGAUCGCGUUGGCGUGGUUGCUAUCUAUUACUUGAUGAACUGAUUUUGUUGUUGGAAUCUUUUGUGCUGUGCUCUUCCGCGAUUUUGCGUGUCUGUGAGAUGUGGACCUAGUUCCAUAUUUUUAGUGUUGAUUAAUAACGUUUGCUGGUCGUCACUGUUAAUAAAUAAAUUUGUGAA